AGAAGUUCGGUGAUCAGUCGCUCCGUUCGCACUGCAAAAGCUAUAUCUAUCUAUAUAUAUAUAACCAGUAUAUAUACCCAUCAACUUCACCAUGAACUUCUCCAAGAUCUUUGUCUUUAUCAUGCUCAUGCUGGCCAUCAGCUUUGGGCCAUCUGAAGCCGGUAAGCAGAGGAAACCGGACAAGAAACAUGAUCGAGUUCUCAAGACAAUUGAGCGCAUUGGCCAGAUGACGCGAGAUGCCGUUGAAGGAGUUUUGCUUGCACAAGGAGCCACCGGCAGCGGUUGAGCAUUUGGUGGCCAUCAAAGGACUCUUCCAGGACAACGCGCUUAAUUGUAAAGUGUGUACAUUCAUUUGCCAGCCAUAGAAAUAAACCAGCUCACAUACCCGUAAUUUA